AUUUAUUAUAUCGUCAGUUAAAAAUGAAAAGCUAUAAAAACUCUUCUAUUUAAUCACUUUCAACUCUGCCUCGUGCAACUAUGUCGAAAAGUUAAUCCUUUUUAAACAAAUGUCACGGGAGGAGUAACAGCUGUUCCUCCUCCAACGCAACAGUUGGUUUGCUCUUCAAUCGAUCGAUAGAUGGCGCCACCAAAGAAAUUUCGUCUCACAACUGAGGGGAAACUAACGCAACAGUUGGGUACUUGGGCAGAGAAACGAACGUAAACGUAAAACUUCACACGUGUGUGAGGAGAGUACAUGCGAAAACCGGACCGUCCGCUGUGUGCACAUCUGUCGCAGCUUAUCCGGGACUUUUUUUUCUCUUCUCUUGAGCUUCCAGAAGUGAGGGGUGAGAGAUAUUUUAGGAUAAAUGGCUGACGGACAACAGAGGAUAAUACACCGGCGUUUAUCCCGGGAUUACAGCGACUCUUCGGAUGAUGAUUCGGAUCAGGAGAGUCCUCCCAAGCAACAAGUGGCUUCCAAGUCCGGUAAACAGCAGACUCCGGCAAACUCUGUCAAAGUUCCGGAGAAGAAUGGUCUUGUGUUGAAGCCUUCGUUGAGUCUAGAGCCAUAUGAUGUUUCUUUCAAGGUGAUGCUGGUUGGCGAUUCUGGAGUUGGGAAGACAUGCCUGCUUGUAAGAUAUAAAGAUGGAGCUUUCCUGUCCGGGGUAUUUAUAUCCACGGUUGGAAUCGACUACCGGAAUAAAGUUGUUAAUGUAGACGAUACGAAAGUAAAAUUACAGAUAUGGGAUACAGCUGGUCAAGAAAGAUUUCGUAGUGUCACCCAUGCAUAUUAUAGAGACGCACAUGCUCUCCUCUUACUUUAUGACGUCACGAAUAAAUCAAGCUUCGACAAUACUAGGGCAUGGUUGGGAGAAAUAAAUGAAUAUGCACAAGAUGAUGUAGUCAUAAUGUUGAUAGGAAAUAAAGCAGAUUCAAACUCUGAACGCCAAGUGAUGUACGAGGAUGGAGAGAGAUUAGCCAAAGAAUAUGGAGUUACUUUUAUGGAAACAAGUGCCAAAACCGGUACCAACGUUGAACUGGCUUUCAUGGCAGUUGCUAGGGAGCUAAAAUAUCGUAUGAGCUACCAGCCAAACCAAGAAACCAAGUUCAAUGUGAAAGAAUACGUACGACAAGAGAGUACGAAAAGUAGUUCUUCUGGGAUUUGCUGCGGAUAAGAGAAAAUCGUCACAAAAGCGUUGUUUCCAUGGUUACCGAAACAAUUCCGGCGUUCAGAAGCGUGUCUGUGUCAACUCAACUCAUAUGGAAAAGAAAUUGCGGCGAGAAAAGGGAGAAAAAAAGCCCUGUUCAGUUUUUGUUCGAUUUUUAUCGUUUUAUUAGAGAGUGAUUUUUUAUUCUAUUUUUCCUCUCAUCUUCCCCUGUGUUAUUUUUAAUGUGCUUACAACUAUGUUGUUCCUUACCGUUUUCAAGGUCGCCAACAUAAAGGAAUGCAGAAUUUGAAA